GAGCUGGUGGGUGUGGACGGGGACUCUUAUUCUGAAGUGUGUGUAGGCGCUGGUGUGAUAGCGGAAGUUCGUGCCGCUGAUAGCUGCAGUUCAGGCGGAUCCCGUCAGUGUCUGAUCACAAACUUUCUGUCAAACCCGAAAAACACACGGAAUCCGGUGACAUGGGGGAUAAGGAGUUGAUGUGGGCUCUGAAGAAUGGAGAGCUGGAUGAGGUGAAGGCUCUGCUGGUGAAGGCUGAGGAUGUGAACAGGACUCUGGAAGGAGGCCGGAAGCCGCUUCAUUACGCUGUGGACUGCGGUCAGGCCGAGAUGGUGGAGUUUCUGCUGUCUAAAGGAGCCGAUGUGAACGCUCCAGAUAAACACGGCAUCACCCCGCUGCUGUCCGCCACUUACGAGGGUCACGUGAGCUGCGUGAAGAUUCUUCUAGAAAAGGGUGCUGAUAAGGAACGGAAAGGUCCGGAUGGUCUCAGCGCGUUCGAGGCGGCCGAGAGCGAGGCCAUCAGAGAUCUACUGAAGUGAGUCGGACGCUGCCGGCAGCGGAGAGGUUCUGACCACAACCACUGGAUCCAGCAAACACACACACACACACACACACAUACACACACACACACA